UUCUUUUUUUUCAGCUCGGGCUCUUCAGUAUGACCACAAAGGAACCUGCCUAGCUAACUGACUGCUCAGGCAAAAGCCCACAAACCAGUAAGCAGCACGUUAGUAACCUUUCACACAGUAUAAUUAGAGGAUUUUGUAUAAUAUUAUUGUGGCACGGCUCGUUCACUCUCAGUGUUGUGGAUGUGGCUCCUCUGAAGACACUCGUUGUGGAUCUAUGCUCAUUGCUUUGGUCAGACCAGAAGCUUCUGGACGCAGCUUCUCUCGGCUAGAGGAAUGGACAGGUUGUGCGUCAGGACCGUUCUGCCCUUUCUGCUGAUGUUCACAGUGGGAGUGAUUGUUAAAAGCACAAUCCAGGACACAGUUAAACCUCUGAUACCAGCGACAGUUGAAGCGUGUUUAGGCUCCUCUGCAAUCAUCAACUGCACUUUCCAGAUAAAUGCUACACAUCUCAAAGUGAACUGGUAUUUCAAUGACACACCUGACUUCAGCAGAUUUAAGAAGAUAGAAGUCCAUGAUGAACGAUAUCACCAAGAAAAAAAAGACAAUUGGUCAAGACUGACUAUUAAAGAGGUUCUGUCUAAUGACAGCGGAUGGUAUUUUUGCGAGGUUACACAGGAUAUUCCUGUACUUGUGCAGUUCCAGAGUAAUGGAUCUUAUUUAAAGAUCAUCGAUUCAACCACAAAGAGCAGGACUAAUACAACAACAGCUGCAACUACAACAUGUGUGACAACCCCUGGACCUCCAAGCCCUGAGUCCACUGCUUGGUUGUUGUGGACAGCCUCGACGCUGGUGUGUGUUGCGCUGGUAAUCGUCAUAGCCACUGCAUGGCUAUUCCGCAGAAAAAGAGCGAGCCCUAUUUAUGAGAACGCACCGGCACGUAUGAAGGACCGUUCUCCUCGUCCAAGCAUAUCGGUGGAAAAAGGCAACCUGACGAAGCAAAGAGACCCUCCGAGAUCACAUUACACAAGUCGUCCCAAAGGCCGACACCUGAACCCAUGAAUACAAACGUAUGUGGAC